AUGGCUCCAAUUUCGAUUGAUAUAUUGAAUGUUCCACUCUAUGCUCUCGUAGCUAUUGCUGUUGCUUUCACCUUCCUUUCCUUGAAAGUCGCACGAGAAUUCCAAAGUUGGAAAUAUUCUCGUGAGAAUGACUGCAAGCCACCAUUACAUAGUGUCGCACACGGUCCGUUCGGUAUUAGUAUGAUUCUCUCAAUGGUCAAGGCUGGAACCGAAUUCCGAUUCACGGAGCUCAUCCGUGGCUGGCAUAGAGCGUAUGGCACUACGUUCAAAGCGAAGAUGGGCGGGCGAAAAGUGAUCUUCACAGCCGAGCCCAAAAAUAUUCAAACUGUUCUAGCUCUUAAGUUCAAGGAUUUUGAGUUAGGACCCAUUCGCAACGAGGCAGCACGUCCUCUACUUGGCUCCAACGUCUUUACUACGGAUGGGAGCGAAUGGGAGCACUCGCGUGCUAUGCUCCGUCCCAACUUUUCUCGUACUAGAGUCUCCGAUACUGAUAUUUAUGAGUCUCACGUUGCCAAACUCAUCAAGCACAUCCCCCGAGACGGGUCCACGGUUGAUAUGCAGGAUCUGUUUUUGAGAAUGACCAUCGACACGGCAACGGAGUUCCUUUUUGGAGAAUCGACCAACUCCCUGGCAGAUCUUAGCUCGUCUGCCUCCGGCUCUACAUUUGCCAAAGAGUGGGAUAUCGCUCAAGGAGGAACUGCAACACGCAUCAGGCUUGGGCCUCUGAUGCAUUUCUACUAUAAUCCCAAAUUUUGGAAAGCAAUCAAGUCGACCCGGACGUACGCUGAGCGCUUGGUUCAGAAAGCGAUCGACUAUCGAAUUUCUGUCAAUAAUGGCCAAAAGGUCCCCGAGGAGAUUCAGAAGCUCAUGGAUAAACAAUAUGUGUUUUCUUUUGAGCUUUCCAAGGAAACGCUCGAUAAGAAACAACUUACAGAUCAGUUGCUGAGUAUUCUGCUAGCUGGUCGUGAUACAACUGCCAACAUAUUGAGUAUCACCUUCUUCCUGAUGGCAAAGAAUCCCGAGAUCUGGAAUAGGGUUCGACAGGAUGUACUCGCUCUGGAAGGACGUCGUCCGACGUUCAUUGAUUUGAAGUCGAUGACUUAUCUAUCGUGGGUCCUAAACGAGACCUUACGUUUAUAUCCUAUUGUUCCCUUCAACCUUCGAAGGGCGAGGAAGGACACGCACCUCCCUGUCGGUGGUGGUCCAGACGGAAAAUCCCCGGUACAUGUUCCGAAGGGCUACGAGAUCAUGUACAGCGUAUACACUAUGCACCGAUCACCUGAAUAUUACGGAUCCGAUGCUGACGAGUAUCGCCCCGAGAGAUGGGAAAAUCUGAGACCCGGCUGGGCGUUUCUGCCAUUUAAUGGAGGCCCUCGCAUCUGCCUUGGCCAACAAUUUGCUCUGACUGAGGCUGGAUACACAAUUGUCAGAAUUAUGCAAGAGUUUGAGGCCAUGGAGAGCCGGGAUUCCAGGCCUUUUGUACAGGAUUUGAAGUUGACCAUGUCGAGUGCUAAUGGUACAAUGGUUGGAUUCACGCCGGUGUCGGUGUCUUGA